AUGUGGCGCGUUAUUCACUUGGACUGUCGAGAUUGGGCUGACGAAGAAUUCGAUAGUGCAUGCUAUCGCAUAGUGGAUUGUAGCCAGGGACAAUUGGUCGACCUAAAGCUUCUCAGUUAUAAUGAUCAAGAUUAUGGGUUUCUUGACUACGUCGCCCGAUCAUGUAAGCUCCGAUGCCUUACACUGGCAGGGUAUGAGGAAAUUGAAAUUGCUUUUACUGAUGCAAUUGAAAAACUCCCACAGUUGGAAGAGUUGCACCUUAUCAGAAUGCCAUCACUGAGUGUAGAGGAAUUUGAAAGCAUUGGCAUGUCUUGCCCCAUGUUGAAAUCAUUUACAUAUAUAGAUCAUUGGCUUACGGAUUAUCCUAUUGUUGGAAGAUUUGGCACUGACCAUGCUGUUGCAAUUGGAGAAACCAUGCCCAAUCUGCACCAUCUCGGACUUUGGGGGCAACCCAUGACGAAUCAAGGACUGGAAGCAAUUCUCAAUGGCUGCCCCCAUCUUGAAUCACUCGAUCUCCGGAGAUGCAUUGGUCUUGAUCUGGAAGGAGCUCUGGGUAAAAGAUGUUCUGACCGAAUAAAACAUGUGAGGCUUCCUUCUGACUGCAGUGUUAGUGAUUGGGUUAUCAAAUAUCCAGCAUAUGAAGAUAAUAAAUCUGAAUAUGAAAAUGGAAAUAAAUAUGAAUGUGACCAUUAUAGUGACUAUGACGUUCGUUAUGCUUCUUAUGUGGAUAUAUUAUUAAGAGAAUAUGAUCCACCAUAUGGAGUGAAAGGCGGUUGGAUCAUAUUCUCUUGA